UUUUGAUAAAAAGUGAUUGUUAAUAGUUUUGGAAUGGGUAUGGAGGCAUUUUGUGCUUAUACUUCCUCAUCUUCCUCUUCCUCCUCGAGCUUUUUGGCUCAGAAAAGGGACCAAUCUGAGGACGUGAGGAGGGAAUUUUCGAGUUAUUCCAAUAAUAAUCUUCACUGUGUUCGAAAGUCGAUGGCGAAGCCAUGGAAGAAGCCGGCGAUUGCGCCACUGCCACCGACUCGGCCGAGGGUGUACAAAGUGGACCCACUUAACUUCCGGAAUUUGGUUCAGAAACUCACCGGUUUGGCUGAGCUUCGAUCUCCACGCCUCCAAAAGAUGGCGCCACCACCGCUUGAUAUUGCCCGCUGUCCAGUCUCGAACGUUGCCGUCGUGGAAGCCUCCACGCUUCAGCCUUUGCCUGUGAGGCUGGACGAGGCGGUGGACGGUGGGAGCUUUCUCGAGCUCAACUUGUCGCCCUUCAACAAAAAUUGGUGCUCUUUCCCUGCUUUGAGCCCCGAAAGUCUUGCCCUUUUGGAUGCAAUUUAGAUUUAUUGAUGAUAUUUUUUAGUUUGUUUUUAUGUGAUUAAAGUCCCAGACUUGGUAAUGUAACCAAAAGAACAAACAUGUGGAGAUCGUGGGUAGGUUGUGCAGGUUGGUUUUGAAUUUACAUUUAAUAACCAAAUCGAAUUCAAGCUUGCAAUAUGAACUAAAAUACAUAUACUUUGACAC